AUCGAGGUUGCCCUUAUGAUUUAGUUACAAUGGAUUCAAGCACAUACAAUUAAUUCAGUUUUAUUACUUCCUAGAUUGUUCUGACAUUGAGCCAAACUUUUGGGCAAUUGUUAAGCGUGUUUCAUGUGUUUUAAAAUCUAUAUGGUUAUCUGUCGAUCCACGGUUGCCUUUAAUAAACGAUAAGUCUAUUGAACAAAAAUUAAAAAUCUAUUUGCAACUGUAAAAAACAUAAAUCAUAAACAUUCAGAAGCAAAUAUCAAACGAAAUCUGGAUUCUAAACUAGAUAAACUUUUUGACAUAUCUGCUUGUUGCUGUUCAUUGGGCAUUGUUUCAUGUUACAAUGUUUAUGUAAAGUGCAAAAAAGAAAAACGCAAAACGGAACACAUUAUUUGCAUAUGCCCUAAAGAAGCAAAGGUCCCAAUAGAAAAAGAGUUUAUAUAUGAGACCAGUGUUUAAAAACAGGACCAAAAGGUCUAUAUCAGAUGUCUUCAGUAGAUAUGUCUGCUUUAAAACACAACAACAGGAUUAAACAGAAGGAAGGAAAUAUAUCACAUCACAAACAUAUUAAUAAUGAGGUUUCAGGUUCAUUACCAGAUCCCCCAGAAUGCACAUCUGAAAUUAUAAAACCUCAGGAACAUGAUGAAUGGCAACCGAGUAAAAGAACUCAGGCAGAUUAUAGUAUUCAAAAGUUUCCAAGAUAUGCUAUGGAGCUGGUCAGAGGCGGAUGUUCUUCAAAUCUUGGUGCAGCUCUUGGAAAUGCCUUACUCCAUGAUAUCAAGCAUUUAUUGUUACCGGAAGUUGACAUCAAUAAUAUUCUAAUGGAUAAGUGUGAAUUAGACAGAGCUAAGUCAAAAGUAAAAGUAAUUUCAAAAAAUGCAGAUUCAGAAGAAAAGACACAAUUGUUUUGUAUUGGUUUAGAUGAAAAGAUAGAUAAGAACAUGAAAAUGUACUUAAAAGCAAAUAAUUCUGAAGAAAAAAAUUUCAUAGUAAAAUGUUUUGGUGCAGAGCACCACCUUACUUUUACACAUGAGGAUGGCAAAUUUCACGGAAUCUACUUGACACACAGAACAAUACCCAUUGUUGGUGCAACUGGGGAUAUUCUUGCUCUUGAGACAUUUAGUGUACUUAAAGAAUAUGACAGCCUGGAGAGCAUCCGUGCUAUUCUUUUAGACAAUACUGCAUCAUGAAUCAUGCUCGAUGGUUAUCUCUUUCUAUACAAAUUCUUUGUUUAUACACUCAAGAUGUUUCUCCAAACGCAAGUCUGAAAAAGAUUACCCAUUAUAUUGGUAAAGUUUAUGCUCCAUCAUGGUUUCAAAUAAAUAAAUCUUCCAAACUGCAAGAUUUCCCCCAGAUUCUGUUUUUCACUAUUAAUCAAUUGAAUCUUAUUAAGUUUGAUGAUGUAAAGAAAA